CCCCUCGGGAGUCCAUUGGCCUCGCACUUCAUAAGUUGCACUCUCUGUUCUUCCUCAGGCCCCGCAGGCUGCUCCGAGUCCCCGGAAGUCGCCCACGGCCUCUGGACCUCGCGCUGCGAUGACCCGGUUCUGCCCGUCCCCCACGUCCUCGGGGAAUUUGGUAGCGUCCGGAGGCAGACCCUGGAAGCGCGUCCGCGUCGUCACGGCGACGCUCGGAUCUGGUGCGAGCGCCCGCCGACUGCAGCCCGGGAACCAUCUCCACUGUGAGCGGCCUGGGACCUGGAGCCGGGGUGGCACCUUUGGCCGCCGCCAAGCUGCUGAAGCAGCUUGAACCCCGGGCGGGUGUCCAGCCGCAAGUCAGCAUGGGCCGGGGUCGGAGGAGAGGAAAUGACCUUUGGCUCUAAAAAGAAAACUCCAUUUUUCAUGAUAAAAUGGCAGCGGUGAAAACCCCCAGCAGAGAACUAAAGAAUGCUGAAGAACCAUUUAAUGAUGUAUCACCCCUCCUUUUGAGGAGCCUAGUGGACGAGCCCAAGAAAAGAAGAGAAGUGCCUAAUCACCUCCUAGAAUCAAAGAUUUAUGCAAAACUUCUGAAUAAUAAGGUCAUACAAGCAAAACCUGGCAUUCUGCAUUUUGGAGGCUAUCAAGUAGAAAAACAGCAUCAACAGAUUCUGGAACACCGCCUUGUCCCGGGCUUGUCCUUCACGGUCACCAUUACAUUUUCUCCAGAUGAGUGGCGAUACUAUUAUGAUUGCAUUCGUGUUCACUGUAAGGGUGAUGACACUUUGCUUGUUCCCAUCCAUGCCUAUCCUGUCAUGAACACUCUGGACUUUCCCUCAUUUAUAAAUCUAUCAAAUGUUCUACUUGGUGAAAGCAAAAUAUAUGUUAUUCCUUUGCAGUGCAGCUGCCCUAUAGAUUUUGAGUUUCGUGUUACUUUGAUUCAGUCUCAUCAAGCCUUUACCAUUGAGCCAACAUCAGGAAUAAUUCCAGCUAAUGGGAAGAUGAAUGUGACUGUGAAGUUUACACCUUUUCAGUAUGGGAUGGCACAAAUAAAAAUGCAGUUAUGGGUUUCACAAUUCAACUCUCAACCCUACGAAUGUGUCUUCACCGGAACAUGCUACCCCAACAUGGCUUUAAAAUUAGAAGAAUUUGAAAGAUUAAAUACUCUCUCUAAGAAAGUAGACGUUCCUCCAGAAAAGACAAUGACACAGAUAAGUUUUCAUCGACCGCCAGCCAAGGCGAAACCCCCAAAGAUUAAGGAAAUUGAAUAUCAGAACUUGAGAUUUCCAGUAGAUUUAUCAAAUCCAUUUGCUGUGGCAACUGUUUUAAACCAAGAACCAGGAAAAUUGAAGAUAAAAGAAUUGAAGGAAGUUUUGGACCAAGGCAAUGAGAUUUCAAAAACAAGACAGAUGAAGGAAGCACUCUUUGAACAGAAAGUCAGACAGGACACAUGUGAAGAGAUUGAAAAUCACCUUAAGUGGAGGGUGCGCCUUGGUAAAGAUCCUGUGUCUUUUAAAUUUAGAAAAGACCUUGCUGAAGAGUGGCAAAGAGUAAAUGCCAAAUACAAGCUAGAUAGAGGAGAUCCUGUUUUGGAUGAGGAAUUUCAGCGACUGAAGACAGAAGUUAACCACAAACGGGUCGUUCGCAGUCUAGAAGAAAUCAAGGAAUUUCAUCCUAAUUUUGAUCCACUCACUAAUAAUACUUGGGUCAGUAGGUUCAGGGCCCAAAGACGGUUUCAACAAGUAGCACGCAAGGUCAUGAUUCAUCGACGAUUACUCAAUAUGUUGGAUGCUAUUCGAAACAUGGACAAAGAGGCCAUAAUCAGAAGGCUCAGGCAGAGAAGACAGUCGAUAGCACAAGACAACAUUCCCUCCAAAUACCAUCUGCUGCAGUACAGUCAAGACGAUUAUUACUGCCGGUUCUCUCUGUCACCCAAGCAAGUGCUGCCCUUCGCCUUCCCGUCCCACAGUCCUGUCCAGGGCUCCAACGAGUUGGCUCCUGAUGGCCUUGGACCAGUCCCAAUUAAACCUUCAGAAAUUCAAAUCAAGCACAGUCAUUCCUUCUUCAAGCUGCAGGUUCCUCAGCUGUACAAAAUUAAGGGGUAUCAGCCAUUCUUUGUCGAGAGGUCUUCAACAAGUUACAGACCUCAAAAGCUUGCUCGAGCCCUGAGGCAAGGAGCUGAGGAUGAAGCCACCACCAUCAUAGCCUUGCCAAAGCAGGAUGCCACUCCUCAGUUCCCUGGUAAGACCUCCAUCUUGAGCAUGAAACCACCUGAGGCCUUAGCCACGUCUCCAGAUUAUGACCCACUUUACAUAUUUAAUCCCAGCCCAGGAUUAUUUGCCGUGAAGCACCCUUUGACCUACGCAGAAACCUUGAUAGAUUACCAUUUGUGCUCUCAUCCCAAGUACAAGUUCACCAAGGAGUCCCACAGUGGGUCCAGCAUUCCUCUCACCCAAAAACAGUUUCUCCAUCACACGGACAUUAUACCUGGGAUAAUGUACUGGAAGAGGUUCCAGUCCCUGAUCUUUUCAUCCCUGCCCGAGACCUCUAAGACAGAGACGACGCAGAGCUGCGAUAACCUCAAUUCGGUGCUGCUUCCUGUAAAUGUCCCAGCCAUUCUGGACUCCUUACCAGAAGAAGACAGAUUGGAAACAGUUGAACGUGAGCUCUGUGAACAGAAUGUAGAAGUUAUGUUGACUCCAGAAAUGAUCAAAGUAGAAUUCCCUACGUUGGACUGCCAGGACACCAAAAAGGAAAAGGAGGUAAUACACCAAGCACAACCGAUGGAGAAGGCAGGAGAAAAAGUGCUGGAGGAAAUGAAGAAUCUGCGGGCCAAAGCUCUCAACUCAUACCUGAUUCUAGAAUAAAAAUCACCAGUAGGUCAGUUCCUCUCAUUUGCUUUCUUCGGGUCACUGUGGUCCUUUGUGUCUAUUUAUGUUCUAGCCAUUUGGGAAUUAAAGUUUCUAGAGAAAAAAA